UAGGAGGCCUUGUGAACUAAGACCCUCUUUCCAUUUGUGCCCUCCUUUCCCCUGGAGCCACUUUAUUCCUUUCAUCACUCUGCAAGUUCUAAAAGCUGGGCCUUGUACGCCUUGAGUGCCUAGGUCCAUGGCCCGACCACAGAAGUAUUUCAGUGCCCCAAACCAAAAAUACUGACAUUUUAAUCCCUGGCCUCUCUGUCCCUAUGUACCAGCCACGGUGGUUGGAAAAGGAAGCCUAACCUUGAGAGUCUGUUGAUCAGUGGAUCAACUCACCAUGAAUUUUCCCAGGUUCCAGUUCUCAGGAGAAAAAAAAAAUAUUGAUUUUUCUGGGUGAUUUUCUCUUUCUGUUGUCUUGAAAGGGAGUUAUGCAGUCAUAUUCAUGGCAUAUUUUUCAACCCUUUUUGAUAGGGUUUUCCCUUGCCCCAUGGAUCCGUACUAAUAAGCCAAUAUUUAUUUAUUGAGCACCUGCUAUGUGCGAACAGAGGGCUAUGUAUUCAUUAGGGGAUAAAAAGAGUGACCAAGGGUGGUUUCUGCUCUCAAGGAGUUUACAAUCCAAGCCUGGGGACAAAUCACAAAAUAACUAAAAGUUGAAUAGCCAUAAAUAUGUAAAUAUGACAUAGAAGCGAUUUGCAAACAGAACAGAACUGAUUGUUUCUUGAAUUGUCUCAGGUCUGCUGCUGCAAUUUGGGUGAACUGCAAUUUCAGUGAAUAGCAGAGAAGUCACCGAUCCAGGAACCUGAUCUGAGUCUUGGAUUUAGAAUUCAUCUAAGUACACAAGAGGUGUAGACAGCAGUGUAGACAGGCAGAGCUGGAUGAAUUGAGCCUAAGUGUGGUCAAGGGAAUGGAAUGGCUGGAUCGGAGCACUGUAUGAAGGGGGGCUGUGUGAGAUAGGGUCAGAUGUGCAGCUUUUUCAACAGGACCCUGAGAGCCUAGCCUGGCUGUGGAUUUAGGGUUUUAAUCUGGAGAUGAUGGAAAGCAUACAGGUCAAAGUGCAUGCCAAAUCCAACUCAGCAAAUGAAGCACGAGGCCAAUGCUAACAGGAUGAAAUGUACCUUGGGAAAAAGUGCAAUGGCAUGUGUGUGCAUCUGUGUGUGUAUGUGUGUGUGUGAACACGCACCUCUUAAGACGAGCAUGAAUUCAAGAUGGGGACAGCCUGUUUUAACAGUAUUUGACUUGAAACAGAUAGAGGUGUUAAUAUAUCUAUAAGCUCAGUAUGGGUCGUUGGUGUGAUUUGGCUGGGAAAGCCUCCUGCACUUCAGGCUUCAGCAGCAGGAGGGGAGUCUCCAGAACAGAAGUUGUCCUGGCAUCCUACUUGCUUUCCCCAAAUCCUCGAAGAGGACUACUUUGAUAAGAUGGCCAAUAUUCAUAUAGGGGCUUCCUGAGUUCUUUCCUGUGGGAGGGUCCUUUCCUCAUGUGCAAUUUCCAUUCAGGUUUUUCUAGGACCCAGAGCCAACUUCACUCCCGCAGAGCACUGCACAGAGUUUAUUCAUGCAGAGUUUACUGAGCCGCCUGAGGGGACAUGGUCAAACCUCAUCUGCGAGAAGUAAGUAUUGAUGCACCACCAGGUCAUGGCUUCUGAGGAGUUUGCAGCCCCUAAGGAAUAGAGUGGAUUGCACAAAGUCUUCUCAGGUUGGGACCUGGGGCCUCCAUGGAUGGCUCACUACCUGGGUGCUUCCGUCCUGAGAGCCACAUCCUGUCAGAUGCCAAGGAAACCCUGCCUGCAUGUACCUGAGGCUCUGAGGUGGGGCCUUUGGAGGCCACCCCCCCCCCAUGUCUGCCCACACAACAGAGGCUGUCCAUCUGAAAAACAAACAAGAAGGCACCCAGUGGUGCCUCUUCUGGAUGUUCCUACAGAAUCAAUGUCUUCCCAGGAGUCCUCAGCUAACACCAGUCAGUCCUCCAAGAGCUGGAGCAAGAGAGCUCCAAGAGGCAUUUUCAGAUCUUGGCUGGUCUCCCCGACAGAUGGAUAAGGAGCCUGGAGCUGCUGAGGCCACCCCCGCACCCUGUCAGGCAUUGCCAGGGAUGACUGCGGAGGGCCCGGGAUACUGCCUACAUCAACACGGUGACAUUUCUGUAAUCUGAGGCCGGGUGGCCCCCUCUCUGCGGCUGACUGCAGCAGGAAUCUCCACUCUCAGCCAUCCGUUCUGGUGACCAGAAGCCCAGGCCGUCCCCUUUGAGAAUAGAGAUAUACCCACAGUGCGUGGGGGCUCCUUAAAUCAGUCGUUGACACCUCAGUGUGAACCUGCUCAUUAUACCAAGAGUGAGCACCUGCUGUGUGCCAAGCACUAUUUCCAGGCACUCGGAAAAUAGUAGUGAACGAAAUGGGCAGAAAUCUCCUCUUUCUUUUACAUUACAUUCCGCUGCGAGGAGUCAGAACAAUAAACAUGAUAAAUAGGUGAGGUCCUCUAAGGGGAUUCCCCCACUGGCUGAAGAUGAGGCCACUCCUCCUCCUGUGCCUUGUCUGGCCCAGCUUCCUAUGUGCCCAGCAAGCCUGCUCCCGUGGGGCCUGCUAUCCGCCUGUUGGGGACCUGCUCAUUGGGAGGACCCGGUUUCUCCGAGCUUCAUCCACCUGUGGAUUGACCAAGCCUGAGACCUACUGCACCCAGUAUGGCGAGUGGCAGAUGAAAUGCUGCAAGUGUGACUCUAGGUUGCCUCACAGUUACAACAGUCACCGAGUGGAGAAUGUGGUUUCAUCUUCGGGCCCUAUGCGCUGGUGGCAGUCACAGAAUGAUGUAAACCCCGUCUCUCUGCAGUUGGACCUGGAUAGGAGGUUCCAGCUUCAAGACAUCUUGAUGGAUUUUAAGGGGCCCAUGCCCGCUGGGAUGCUGAUUGAGCGCUCCUCGGACUUCGGCAACACCUGGCAGGUGUACCAGUACCUGGCUGCCGACUGCGCCUCCGCCUUCCCUCGGGUCCGCCAGGGCCAGCCUCAGAGCUGGCAGGAUGUUCGGUGCCAGUCCCUGCCCCAGAGGCCUAACGGGCGCCCGGAAGGGGGGAAGGUUCAGCUUCACAUUAUGGAUUUAGCAUCUGGGAUCCCAGCCACUCAAAGUCAAAAAAUUCGAGAGCUGGGGGAAAUCACAAACUUGAGAGUCAACUUUACCAGGCUGGCCCCGGUGCCCCAGAGGGGCUACCACCCGCCCAGUGCCUACUACGCCGUGUCCCAGCUGCGUCUCCAGGGCCGCUGCCUCUGCCACGGCCACGCCGACCGCUGCGCCCCACAACCUGGAGCCCCCGCCGGCCCCUCCACCACUGUGCAGGUCCAUGACGUCUGCGUCUGCCAACACAACACUGCUGGCCCCAAUUGUGAACGCUGUGCGCCCUUCUACAACAAUCAGCCCUGGAGACCUGCAGAUGACCAGGACCCCCAUGAAUGCCAACGGUGUGACUGCAACGGGCACUCAGAGACCUGUCACUUCGACCCAGCGGUGUUCGCCGCUAGCCAGGGGGCACAUGGAGGUGUGUGCGACAACUGCCGGGACCACACGGAGGGCAAGAACUGUGAGCGGUGUCAGCUGCACUAUUUCCGCAACCGGCGUCCAGGGGCCCCCAUUCAGGAGACCUGUAUCCCCUGCGAGUGUGAUCCCGAUGGGGCCGUGCCGGGGGUUCCCUGCGACCCGGUGACGGGGCAGUGCGUGUGCAAGGAGCACGUGCAGGGGGAGCGCUGCGACCUGUGCAAGCCAGGAUUUACGGGACUCACCUAUGCCAACCCGCAGGGCUGCCACCGCUGUGACUGCAACAUCCUGGGGUCUCGCCGGGACCUGCCGUGUGAUGAGGAGACUGGACAGUGCCUGUGCCUGCCCCACGUGGUGGGCCCCAAAUGUGACCAGUGCGCCCCCUACCACUGGAAGCUGGCCAGCGGCCGGGGCUGUGAGCCGUGUGCCUGUGACCCUCACAAUGCCCUCAGCCCCCAGUGCAACCAGUUCACAGGGCAGUGCCCCUGUCGAGAAGGGUUUGGUGGCCUGACGUGCAACGCCGCAGCCCUUCGCCAGUGUCCCGACCGGACCUACGGAGACGCGGGCUCGGGAUGCCGUGCCUGUGACUGUGACUUCCGGGGAACGGAGGGCCCAGGCUGUGACAAGGCCUCGGGCCGCUGCCUCUGCCGCCCCGGCUUGACCGGCCCCCGCUGCGACCAGUGCCAACGAGGUUACUGUGACCGCUACCCGGUGUGCGUGGCCUGCCACCCUUGCUUCCAGAACUACGAUGCCGACCUCCGGGGCCGUGCCCUGCGACUCAGCAGCCUCCGCAAUGCCACCGCCAGCCUGUGGCCGGGGCUGGGUCUGGAGGAUCCUGGUCUCACCUCCCGCAUCGUGGACGCCAGGAGCAAGAUGGAGCAGAUCCAAGCCAUCCUCUCCAGUGCCCCGGCCACCGAGCAGGAGCUGUCCCAGGUGGCCAAUGCCAUUUUCUCCAUCAGGCGGACUCUCCAGGGCCUGCAGCCUGACCUGCCCGUCGAGGAGGAGACCUUGUCCCUCCAGGGAGACCUGAAGAAUCUGGACAGGAGCUUCCAGCACCUCCUCAUGACGUAUCAGAGCAAGAAGGAGCACUUUGAAAGGCUAAGCGGUGCCAAUCCUUCAGGGGCCUUCCAGGUGCUGACGGCGGCCUACCAGCGGUCCUCCCGGGCUGCUCAGCAGGUGUCCGACGGCUCCCGCCGGCUCUUCCAGCUCAGGGACAGCCGGAGAGAGGCAGAGAGGCUGGAGGGUCAGCUGGGAGGAGGAGCUGGAGUCGGGGGUCCCCAGCUCGUGGCCCUGAGGCUGGAGAUGGCUUCCUUGCCUGAUCUGACGCCAACUAUCAACAAGCUCUGUGGGGGCUCCCGGCAGACGGCCUGUACCCCAGGAGUGUGCCCUGGAGAGCUGUGUCCCCGAGACAACGGCACGGCCUGUGGCUCUCACUGCAGAGGUGCCCUCCCCAGGGCCGAUGGGGCCUUCCGGAUGGCCGGGCAGGUGGCCGAGCAGCUGCAGCGUUUCAACGCCCAGCUCCAGCAGACCAGGGAGAUGAUCAGGGCCACUGAGAAAGCCGCCUUGAAGGUCCAGUCAGACGCCCAGCGCCUGGAGACCCAGGUGAGCACCAGCCGCUCGCAGAUGGAGGAGGAUGUCAGGCGCAUGCGGUUCCUCAUCCAGCAGGUCCGGGACUUCCUGUCAGACCCUGACACUGAUGCGGCCACCAUCCAGGAGGUCAGCGAGGCCGUGCUGGCCCUGUGGCUGCCCACGGACUCUGCCACCGUCCUGCGGAAGAUGAACGAGAUCCAGGCCAUUGCCGCCAGGCUUCCCAACGUGGACCUGGUGCUGUCGCAGACCAAGCAGGACGUUGCUCGGGCCCGUAGCCUCCAGGCGGCGGCCGAGCAGGCCAGGAGCCGAGCCCACGCAGCGGAGGGCCAGGUGGAGGACGUGGUGGGGAACUUGCGCCAGGGCACGGUGGCGCUGCAGGAAGCGCAGGACACCAUGCAAGGCACCAGCCGCUCCCUUCGGCUCAUCCAGGAAAGGGUUGCUGAGGUUCAGCAGGUCCUGGGGCCGGCGGAAAGACUGGUGGCCAGCAUGACGGAGCAGCUGGGUGACUUCCGAGCGCGGCUGGCCGAGCUCCGCCGCAGGGCCAGGCAGCAGCGGGAGCAGGCAGUGAGGGCCCAGCAGCUCUCAGAGGGCGCUGAGCAGCAGGCGCUGAGCGCCCAGGAGGGAUUUGAGAGGAUGAAGCAAAAAUAUGCUGAGUUGAAGGAUCAGUUGGGUCGGAGUCCCAUGCUGGGGGAUCAGGGCAGCCGGAUCCUGAGCGUCAAGACGGAGGCAGAGGAGCUGUUUGGGGAGACCAUGGAGAUGAUGGACAGGAUGAAAGACAUGGAGUCGGAGCUGCUUCGGGGGAGCCAGGCCAUCCAGCUUCGCUCGGCUGACCUGACGGGGCUGGAGAAGCACGUGGAGCAGAUCCGAGACUACAUCAAUGAGCGAGUGCUCUACUAUGCCACCUGUAAGUGAUGGGCCGGCCUCCAGCCCCUGGCCCUGCUCAUCUACGCUCUUUACUUUUGGAGGACAGACGGGGUUGGAAUACAGCUCCAGGAGACUUUUAUACAGCCUAAAGCACAGCCCGGACCCCCCUGGUGUGCAGCUGUUAAGAUUAUUCUGGGCUGCAGCUGAGUCCGCGCUGAUGGGAAACUACAUGUGAGGGACAGAGGUGGAGGCGGGCCGUGUCGUGGCGAUGAGGAGCUCCCGAGGGGAGGUGCGCCUGGCUGGGCUGUGUCCUUGCCCUUCAUCUCCCUCGAGGCCGAAUCCUGGAUGAACACGCAAACUUAACCAAAAAAAUGAUGUGCAAACAAAAAGCCCAAUAAAAAUCUUUGGAAAGGAG